GCAAAGGCCCUAGGGAAGGAUUCACACGUGUCUUUCUUCGUGACAACUUUCUGGGCGUUUGAAGAGACGGGGCAGCGAACAUGAGGAGACCCAAUAUUCUGCUCACGGGUACUCCAGGUGUUGGUAAAACUACACUAGGCAAAGAAAUUGCUGCAAGAACAGAUUUGACUUACAUUAACGUGGGUGAUUUGGCCAAAGAAGGAGAGCUAUAUGAAGGCUUUGAUGAAGAAUAUGAAUGCCCAAUUUUGGAUGAAGACAGAGUAAUUGAUGAAAUGGAAGACAAGAUGAGUGACGGUGGUGUUAUAGUUGACUAUCACAGCUGUGACUUCUUCCCUGAACGUUGGUUUAACAUAAUAUUUGUACUUCGCACUGAAAACUCAUUCCUGUAUGACAGGUUGGAAAGCAGGGGUUACAAAGGAAAAAAGCUUCAAGACAACAUUCAGUGCGAAAUUUUUCAGACUAUUUACGAAGAGGCCAUGUCAUCGUAUAAGGAAGAAAUUGUACAUCAGUUGUCCAGCAACACUCCAGAGGACAUGGAGCGGAAUUUAGAUCAGAUUAUACAGUGGAUUGAACAGUGGAUAAAAGACAACAAUUGACUUUUGGAUAUAUGACAUUAAGAGACAAAACAGUAAUAAAAAUAACUUUAUUCCAAUUAAACUGAUGGGCUCUCAUGUAAUAAGCUACACUUGCUGUUUCAGUCACUGAGAAAACAAUAAUUGUUGCUUCUCUAAGAAAAUCAAGGAGGGCUCUGUGGGCGAAAGCGAGUGCAGAAAUCAAACAUUAGUUACAGUUAAAAAUGUUUAAAUCCUGAAAUUUGGUUUGGAAUUGGAUAUCUAUUUAAAAGAUAAAUAUCGCACAUAACUGCUCUGGCUGUUGUGGCUACCAGCAUCUCAAUCCCUGUAAAAAAACAUGCUCUGGAUUGUUAUAAAACUAUAAAAAAUAGGACUGUGGGUUAGUUUGUGAAAGUACUCCAAGCUUUUAAGGUGUUUAUAUGCCAUAACACUUUAAUGGACUUGCAUGUGUGUGUAUUUUCUUUCUAAGGGUUGCAUCCAGUGAUGGCUGUUGACUGUCUUCCAGCAAUAUAGAAACUGCUAGCAGAAUGGAUUUCCCUUCCCCUCAGAGUUCUGGAGUGUUGAGGGACCCUCGAGUACAUUUUUAGGCUUUGGGUGGGGAUUAAGUUUGCUCACACAACAUUGAAUUUAAUCCUAAAUAAGAAUUCAGACCAACCUUGUACUGUGAACAAAAGAUGUUGGAAGCACAAUUGUUACUCAGUUUAGGUGGCAUCCACCAAAGUUUGGUGAAUACAUCUCUCCAGUCCUGAAUAGCAAUGAUACUUUGUAAGAUUUCUUGUGUAAGUGGAUGGCUUGUAUAACUUCACUUUCUCAGUGAAGAUAUUUGCAGUGCUAUCUGAAUAAAGAUUUGUAAGGGCUAAUACAUGGCUAUAAACAGCUGUUUUAUUGCUGCUUCACAUAAGGCACAUCUGCAUAGGUACCACUUCUGUGUAGGAAAUUGCCUGUAUUCUACAGACACAAAGUGAUGAACACAUGUCAGUUUCACAUACCAAGAUGUCCUAUUGGAUAGAAGCAGCUUCUAGUAGCUUGUAAAACACAAAUCUGUUUUGUUUAUCAUACAGACAUAGAAUACACAAAAUGUUUUUCACGAAAAUGAUAGAUGAGUAGGCAGUUCAUUAUUUAUAAAUCGACCAUUAAACUUGAUUAUAAAUAUGCUUUUAGGUUGCUAGAUUUUAGCCCUUGAUAUAUUCUGUAUUGAAUGCCUUCUGUAGAAUAAGGCAAUUUUUUUUUACUAAUUGCUCAUAAGAAAUGGUGAAAAAUGCAGUCUUAAAUGUUGUUGAGAUGCCUUAAGGAUAGUUUAGCAAAUAUCUCUUGAAAGUCUGUUCUAUAUGUAACUAGAUUAUAAUGGGUAAGAAGUCACAGUUGUUCAGUUUUUCCACAUGAUGAAGAGGAACAGAACUCUUCGCUCAAAGACAUAUUCCAAGAAGUAUUUCAUGUGAGGGAGCACAACUAUUUUUCUAUUUGUUCUUUUUAGAAAAGAUCUCUUAAUUUGUGUUAAGUGAUUACUUUUGUGUUAGAAAUUAAAUUUGUAUUGUCAAAAUAUAGUUAAAAUUAUAUCUAAUGUUGAAAUCUAAUGGGAUUUUUAAAUAGUCAUUUACAUAUAAUAGUACAGUGUGUAGUAUCUGGAAAAGCAUAAUACUUUGCAAGUUGAAAAGUUUUGUUGGUUGGUCUCUUGGGUUUAGUCUUUGAAUACAGUGUGAUUAUAAAAAUUGCAAUAGAUAUAUCUAGUUUGUAUUUAUUGAAGUGUCUUUAUAGGAAGUGCAUCUGGUAUGAUGAAAAGUAUCAUUUGGGAAAUGCAUACUUUGAAUUUCCUAGUACUUUUGAGAUAAUCCUUUGGCAGACAUAAAACAUUUCCUUUUUACUAUGUUUUAUUAAAGAUGCUUUUGAAAAGGAACCUUAUUCCUGUAUGAUAAAAAAAAUAUAGACAACAGCUACUGUACUAAAGCUACAAUCCUAUGUACACUUUUCUAGGAGUAAGUUGCAUUAAAUAACAUCUUCUGAGUAAAUAUGUGUUGGAUUAUGCUAUUAGAGUACUGUGACUUAGUUGCAGGAUCAAUAUUUUGGAUACUUUAGUCUGCAGUGCUAUGGUAUAUUAUAACAAAACCACCCAGUUUAGCACAAAGACUUCAUAUGAAUGGAACAUUUAUUCUGGACUGUUAAAAUGUCAUUGUUUGUUGAACUGUAAGGAAGUUUUACAAAGGUUAUUAAAGUUUUGUGUAAGCAAGCAUAUAUGAAAAUGAUAUCCUUCAAUCUAUUGUUUUCCUAAUUGGUGUCCUUUGGCUUGAAACUUGUAUUCAUUACUUUCAAAACUGUUGGAAAUGAUUCUGCACUUACAUCAUUUUAAUUUAUGGGAAAAAUUAGGCCAUACUUUUGAACGGGUUUUUUUUAAGGUAAGUGCAUUUUAUGGUAGUGAACAUUUAGCUUUAUAUUUAUAUACAUGUAAAUCUAAUAAAAGUGCCUUCUAUUAUAUUUUGUAAGCAAUUCCUUUUUUAUAUGAUGCUUUUUAAGGUGACGUUUAGCCUUUGCUAUAUUUAACAAACCUUCCUUGUAUUUAUGAAUUAAAACUUA